UUGCGCUUUCGUCAUUCUUCUUCCCUCCUUCCAAACCCUUCACCACAACGGCCGUCUCCUUGGUGCGCGUCUGUCUACCUACUCUUCUGAUUCUACCUUGCUCUUUUGUUUUAGCUUCUUGGCCGCGGGAAUCCUCCAUCGAUUGACCCAAACUACCUUCUUCAUACCACACUGUAUUUUAUUCAACGUCACACUCCCCAUAACGAAGACCGAAACGAUACCCCGAACCCCGACCAACGACGAAGAGGAAACCCCCCCAGCUCUGUAAUUGCGCGCGACGGACCGUUAAUAUUUUUGUGGAAUCUUGCAAGAGGAGGAUCGACGUGCGACUACAUUACUGGGCGCGGACUGGGGAAAGACAAUCCCCUUUGAACCACUCGACCACGAUCCUCAAGCACCCACAGAAACCCACAACCAUACUCGUCUCAGAGGGAGAGACACGGCGCGAAUUGAAGGGAGAAGUUCACCUUGGACCGGUAGAAUUAUAACGAGGAAGCCAUCCCGGAAUACGACUCCGUCGUCCUGAAGUCGAAAUUCGACCUUUUCCUUCUCCUCUGCGAGCCCGUUUGCGACCACGCGACCCGCCCCGAACGCAGUCCAGAGCCACGAGGCGACCAAGCUCUGCCACGAGGCGACCAAGCUCUGCCAAGACCGGCACCCGCUCUGUUCCUGCAGCGCACCAGUCUUGGCACAACCGUUAAACCCCAACCCACUGCCCUCAUCCACACCGACAUCGUCAUCGUCCGCUCCGUUCCACGCCGUCUGUGUUCUUCCCAUACCGCGCUGCCAUACUCUCCGGGCCUCCCGUUUCGUACACGAGACCCCGUACCCCGGAGGUCAUCCUCGGCACGGUGCUGAGUUGACGUCGCCAUGAAUUUAACGUGUAAUUCAACGCUCGAGGAGCUGAGGAUCCUUCCCGGCUCCGAGAUCCUCAUCGCUGGUCCCCUGACCUUCCACGACCUCGCCCUAAUCAUUGCUGGCUCCUGCACCAUCAUCGCAAUAUGCCUAUCCUUCUACCUCGUCUUCAUGCACUCUAUCAACUACACGAAGCCCCGCGAGCAGCGACAGAUCAUCCGCAUUCUCUUCAUGGUCCCCGUCUACGCCGCCUCGUCCUUUCUUCAACUUUGGUACUACUGGCACGCGGUCUACUUUCAACUCAUGAGCGACUGCUACGAGGCUUUCGCCAUCGCAUCCUUCUUCUCGCUCAUGUGCCACUACCUCGCCCCAGAUGUCCACACCCAAAAGGACUACUUCCGCAAUCUCUACCCCAUCAAGCCUUGGGUCUGGCCUCUCGAUUGGUUUGCAAAGUGCUGUGGAGGACAGAGGGGACCCUGGCGCACGCCCAAAAGCGGUUUGACAUGGUUCAACGUCAUCUGGAUUGGUGUAUAUCACUACGUCUUCAUCCGCGUCGCCAUGACUGUCACGGCCGUCGUUACCCAAUACUUCCACCGUUACUGCGAGAGCUCAAAUAACCCAGUCUUUGCUCACAUCUGGGUUAUCUCGAUCAACUGUGUUGCCGUCACUAUUGCCAUGUACUCCGUCAUUCAGUUUUACGUACAGAUGAGAGAACCCCUGAAGGAGCACUCACCCUUCCUCAAGGUCCUUGCCAUCAAGCUUGUGGUCUUCUUCUCUUUCUGGCAGGUGACCUGCAUUUCUCUCGCUACCUCAACGCUCGACCUUGUUCACCCGAACAAAGUCCUCGCCUACCCGGACAUCAAAGUCGGCAUUCCCGCCCUACUUCUGUGUUUCGAAAUGGCCCUCUUCGCCCUCCUCCAUCUCUGGGCCUUCCCUUACGCCCCUUAUGUCCCGGGCGCCAAAACCACAUACUACCCGUCCGCCGACUCUCGAGACAGCCAUGCUCCCCUCCGCGAAAAUGUACACACGGCUCCCGCCGGUGGAUGGAUGGGCCUCAAGGCUGUCGGAGACGCUCUUAACCUAUGGGACUUUGUCAAGGCCUUUGGUCGUGGUAUGCGCUGGCUGCUCUGCGGUGUCAAACGCCGCCACGAAGACUCCAGCUACAAGACCGCAGCCAACCUCGAUAUGGACGACCUCGACAAGGACGGAGAUACCGCUUACCAUCCCGCCGGUGUCAAGAGUACCGAUCACCUACCAAUCGCUACCGAAUUCCGCCGCAGCACAUACCUGCAACCCUCGCGUCCACCUCCACGACCCCAGCGCCCUGGUAACGAGAGUGACAGCCUUAUCGCCCACGCCCAACCGAACCCCUCGCAGAUGUCUCCGCCACGCCGUCCCGCGCGCCCGGUAUCACCCUUGUCGCCUAUGUCGCCAAUCUCGCCAUACCAAGAUCAGAGCUUCCAGCAGCAGACGGGCAUGACACCAGUACACCCGACACACCCGGGGCCUAGCAACGGCGAAUGGGGGAGAACGGGGCCGCCAGCACAAGCAAAUCUGGGUGUCGCAGGUCCCCGCGACUUGACGCAGCAAAGGGUAGGAGAAGCGCUCUGGGGACCACCACAAAGCCCAGCAGCCGCCUCCAUCAUGCCAGAGAGUCCCGUUCUCGGAUCGCCGAUGAACGGCGCCUACGGACAUCCGGCCCUUCAGCAGCAGGCGUACCAGCAACAAGCACACCAGAACCAGGCGUUUGGCAGUCAGCAACAACCGCAUGCCAACCACCCGUACGGAAACCAGACACACGAACAGCAGCCGGGACCUGGCCAGGCCUUUUAGGCCGAGCCAUGUAUAUAGGAUUUUUAUUCUUGAACAAAAGUCACAGAUGGCGACAGCUUACAUGUUGGAUAAUUGUCAGCGGUCUAAGAGAAACUGCUGGAACCCUUCCACGACUAUGAGGUUUGAGGGAUUCAUUUGGUCUUUUUGGAGGAUUCCAGGGUGGGAGGCAAUGCAUAGGAAAAAUCGGCGUUUUUUUGUUUUCCUUUACGAGAUACCACAUCAUUUAGCUAGGUGGGAAUGAACACAU